AUGAUAGCUGCCAUGGCCAGGCGUCUUUGCUUCAUUUUGCACGCUUGGUUUGCGGCUUGCGGUCUGGCCUCGGGCUCAUUUGAAUGUCCGUGCAUCAACAACAGCUCAGAGGGAUUUGCCCAACUAAGAGAGAAGUUGCCGGAAUUCAACGUGAGCAAUGACUAUGGGCUUGAUGGUUGCAAGGCAUAUGAUGUAGGGCACCGCAAUCUUGGUUGCGCGCGAAAUGCGCUGAGUUUUUGCAGUAAAUCUUGGUGCUACGUGGACGUGAAGUUGUGCCGACAAAAUGACGAGAAAUGCAAAGAUGAGGGUGACAAGCCAGGUAGCCGGGCAUCUCCACACUGUCGCUCCAGACCGCAUGUUCGCAGCAACCCUUUGUCAGAUGUGACAGGGACAGAGGUAUUCUACAGUUACGAGACGUGCGGCAACAUCAACUCUUACUCAGACGACGACCUCUUCAAAGUACAUGCUGGAAAUGUGGUAGCUGGCGCAGUGUUGGCGUGGCCGCCAUGGGUCGUGCACGAGCAGGGCAUCGACGAAAAGCAGUCGGAGUUCAGGGGACCUGAAUACAACUUUUUUCAGCACGUCUUGAACUUGUUCGACCCAGACAUUUCCCUCAAUGUGACCCUUUCCGGUUAUACCAAUCAAUCGGUUGCUAUAACCAACGACACCAGUGGGGGCUACUCUGCUUGCGUGUACGAUGUGGCGGUGGGGAACUACGAUGUGUGCAUCGCGGAUCUGUGGAUAACUCCGGAGCGAAGGUUGCUCACCACAUUCUUGCCACCACUUCGAGAAGAUACUUUUUACCUCGUAGUGAAGAGAAAGCCAUCACAGGUUCACUUUUGGACACGUCUUCAUUCGCCCUUCAAGCCUUUCAGCUUCGGGGCGUGGGCAUCAGUUGCUGGCUUCCUGUUUGGCUUUGGCAUCCUCAUGUGGCUCACGAAAGAAAACGUCCGGGGCAAGUCGACUCGUCUGGGCAGCUUGUUUCGGAAGAACCGUUCAAUCACUGCGCAGAACUUGGAGAUGACAGGAGCUGCCUUUCAGGCGCUAUGUCGUAUUGAGUUUGAGACGUUGCACAGUUUCCUUUCUGGAGCGCCACAAAACUACGGGACCAGACUUUUCAGGAUGGCGUUCUCGUUUUUCAUCCUUGUGACGCUGGUCAGUUACACUGCAAGUUUGGCUUCCAUGCUGGUCAUUGUCCCUCCAGACACUGGUGAGUAUCAAAACAUCGACGAAGCUAUUGACAGACAUGCUCGCAUUUGUGUGCCUGACAUAGUGAAGCCGGCUUUUGAGGGAAUCUAUCCCGGAGCAAACUUUGUUGAAGGCCAGUUCAACAAACUUCAUCACAUGCUUGAACGGGGUGAGUGCACGGCUAUGGUUGUGACGCAGGACAUUUUUGAUCAGAUCCAAGGAGGCUUCUUGGGUGAGACUGACACUGCGAAUGAAACAGGCAAUGAAGCAGGUAGUGGUAACAUCAGUGGCCAGGAGACCAAAGGCAAUGCAUACUGUGAUCUAUUCAGAGUUGGCGAUGUACUUUAUACCCUCCCGGUGUCCUUCCCCAUAAGCCAACGUUUUGUGUACAUUCUGUCAUGGGCAGUCACCUACGCUCAAGAGGGUGGGUGGUUUGAGAAAGAGAUUGCGCAGCAUGCCGAUAUAUUUCCAGAAAGGCUAUGUGAUUUCCAAUCCACAAGGAAAGAAGGCACCGGCAUGGUUGCUGACGACGUUUUGGGUUGUUUCUUUAUCUCUUUGAUGUUCGUUGGAUUUGGCAUCGUGAUCAUGCUUGUGAUUUCCCGGGAAGCUGCAAUGGGAACAAUCAGCAAAGCUCGGAGCUUGGCUUGGAACAGAUCAAAUCGGAGCUUAGAUAGGGAAUGA